AUGCCUGGCAGCUGCUGUUCUAGGAAGUGUCCCUCCGUGCCAGCCAUCUCUCUCUGCUCCACCGAGGUGAGCUGUGGGGGACCCAUCUGCUUGCCCAGCUCCUGCCAGAGCCAGACAUGGCAGCUGGUGACUUGUGAAGACAACUGUGGGUCAUCCAGCUGUGAUUCCCAGUGCGGUCAGCCUUCCUGCUCCAUGAGUAGCAGCUGUGCCCAGCCUGUGUGCUGUGAGGCCACCCUUUGCCAGCCUGCCUGCUCCGAGAACAGCUGCUGCCAGCCCAUGUGCUGUGAGGCCACCCUUUGCGAGCCUGCUUGCUCCGUGAGCAGCUGCUGCCAGCCUGUGUGCUGUGAAGCCACUUCCUGCCAACCAGUCCUCUGUGUGCCUACUUCCUGCCAGCCCAUCCUUUGCAAGCCCAGUUGCUGCCAGCCCCUCAUCUGUGAGCCCAGCUGCUGUCCAACUCUCUGCACCGUGUCAAGUUCCUGCCAACCGUUGCUCUGUGAGCCUGCUUGCUGCCAGCCAGUGUGCCCAACUCCCAGCUGCUGCCCAUCUGUCUGUUCUCAGGGCAGCAGCUGCCAGCCUGUCUGCUGUGAUCCCAGUCCUUGUGAGCCACCUUGCUCAGAGCCCAGCGUCUGUCAACCAGCCACCUGUGUGGCCCUGGUCUGUGAGCCUGUUUGUCUCCGCCCCGUCUGCUGUGUUCCCAGCCCUUGUGAGCCUCCUUGUGCCUCUAGCACUUGCCAAGAGCCCCCGUGUUGUGUCACCAGCAUCUGCCAACCCGUCUGCCCUGAGCCCAGUCCCUGCUCACCUUGUGUCUGUGUGCCUAGUCCUUGCCAACCCACCUGCUACGUAGUCAAGCGCUGUCAUUCUGUCUGCUGUGAGCCGGUUUCCUGCCCCUCUUCCUCCUGCCAACCUCUGUGUGGCCGUCCGGGAUCCUCUGCCUCUGCCACUUGCCAACCAACCUGCGCUCGAACCUUCUACAUACCCAGCUCUUGCAAGCAGCCUUGUGGCACUUCCUUUGCUUACCGCCCUAUUUGCCGCCCCAUCUGCCGCCCCAUCUGCUCUGGACCCUUUGCUUACAGACAGCCCUACCUGACAUCUAUUUCCUACCGUCCUGCCUGCUACCGCCCCUGCUACUCCAUCCUGCGACGCCCCGCCUGCUUCACUUCCUACUCCUACCGCCCUGUCUGCUCUCGCCAGCCGUGCACCGACUCCGACUCCUGUAAGCGAGAUUGCAAGAAGUCCACCUCCAGCCAACCCGACUGCGCUGACUCAACCCCCUGCAAGACUGAAGUCUCUGAAGAGAGUCCUUGCCAGCCCACGGAGGCCAAACCCACCACCCCAAACACCCGUGAGGCUGCAGCCCCUCAGCCUGCUGCCAGCAAGCCUGCUGCCGGAAAGCCUGCCAAUCGCUGA